AUGGCCUCGUCCUCACAGUCCCUACCCCCAGCUGAAUUACCUGUCAUUGCUGGUACACCCCUACAGAUGACAAUGAUUGGACUCGUUAUUGACUGCCUCGUCUGUGGAAUGGCUAUACCCCUCACCAUCUGUCAGAGUGAUCGCAAUGGCAAUGGAGGCAAGCCAAUGGCUCAGGCAUUGUCAUGGGUAUGGGUAACCUGCACGGGUCACGGGUACGGGUACCUCACGGGUACAGCUAUGUUUGGCAAGCGUGUCACCAAGCUCAUGGAAAAAGCAGCCCAGGCCGUCGCUGAUGGAAGCACGAAGCUGAAAAGGAAGGCCAGCAGUUUCAGCCGUAAGGAACAACCAAAGAAAUCUAAGAAGGCACCUUCAACAUUAAAUGAAUUCAUUGUCACCUCAUCUCCGAGUCCCCCACCUGAUACUCCCGAUAGUCAACCGAAUCUUCACCAUCGAGCCAGUGUUCGAACUGAAGAGGAAGAACAAUCAUUGUAUGAGGACACUAUUGUCAUUGACUCAGACAUCGAGUCCGUAAACUCAAAGCACAGUGAUGCAGAGUCACAAAUGGAGUCAUCAGACACGGAGCUUGCUACAUCUGUUGAUGUUGAGCGUGUGUUCUCCCGUGGUCGCUUGCUGUUGUCACAUGUACGGUCUCGACUUUCGACUCAAACCACUCGUGCACUCCUGUGUCUUGGUUGUUGGAGCCUGUUAGGGCUUGUCAAGGAUAAGGAUGUCUUACCCGUAGCUUGUUUACCAGAUGUCGAAGGUGAUGAAAAAGAGCUCGAGGAUGGAUGGGACUCAAUAGUUUUAUCAUAG